AUGUACCGUAUAACGUACUACUAUUAUAGAUACUACUCGGCUAUAUCGCCCGCGGGAAUAGGUAUAAAGUACGUGAAAAUGCCGCUAUAUCUACUCCGUAGGAGGAAAGAGAGGGGGGUCUAG